AUGGCUUCCGAUUCGUCUCCGGGAAACGUCAACGGUGGUCCACCAUCGCCGGAUGAGUCACUUUCGAGCCCAAUCGGAAACACGUUCUCUUCUCCCGGCGAUAGCACUCGCCAGGGACGAGGUCGCCGGUCAACUGCCUCGUACGACACCCCAACGCCGCCGCGGCGUACGAGCUCUCGUUUCGCCACACCUGAAGUUACGCCGACGCCGUCCAGCGGCACGAAUCCGCGCCGGAGAAAGAGAGCAUCCUCUGCAGCCACGGCCACCCCGACCGGCUCCGCCGCCGCGGCUACACCUUCAUCCGCUGAUGAGGCUCCUAUUUCAUCUGAAGCCGGUGACGGUGACGACCCUGAUGCCCCUCCGAUGUACGUUUGGGGGACUAAUAUCAGCGUUCAAGAUGUGAAUGCUGCGAUUUUAAGGUUUUUGAGGCAUUUCCGGGAGAACCCUGCGGAAAUUGAGGGGAAAUACAUGAGGGCAAUUAAUCAUAUCAUUGAGAUCGAAGGGGAUUCUCUCGAGGUUGAUGCACAAAACGUGUUUGAUUAUGAUAGUGAUCUGUAUACCAAGAUGGUUAGGUACCCUUUGGAAGUUCUUGCCAUUUUCGAUAUUGUUUUGAUGGACAUGGUCAGUAGAAUCAACCCUUUGUUUGAAAAGCAUAUACAAGCAAGGAUUUUUAACCUGAGGUCUUCCACUAACAUGAGAAGUCUUAAUCCAUCUGAUAUUGAAAAGAUGGUGUCACUGAAAGGAAUGAUAAUCCGUUGUAGUUCAAUCAUACCCGAGAUAAGGGAAGCCAUAUUCAGAUGUCUUGUCUGUGGCUACUACUCUGAUCCUGUAGUUGUUGAUAGAGGAAGGAUUACUGAGCCGUUGAUUUGUGGGAAGCAAGAAUGUCUUGCCCGAAAUUCCAUGACCCUGGUUCACAAUAGGUGCAGGUUCACGGAUAAACAGAUAGUGAGACUUCAGGAGACGCCUGAUGAGAUACCAGAAGGAGGGACUCCUCAUACAGUUAGCCUGUUGAUGCAUGAUAAAUUGGUGGACUCUGGAAAACCUGGUGACAGGGUUGAGGUCACUGGAAUCUACAGGGCUAUGAGUGUCCGAAUUGGGUCGACACAGAGAACUGUGAAAUCAUUGUUCAAGACAUACAUCGAUUGUCUUCACCUAAAGAAGACAGACAAAUCUAGAGUGAAUGCUGAAGACCUAAUGGAAGCUGAGAAUGAUACCAAUAGAGAUGAUGAAACUGUUGACUACGAAGAUAAGAUAGAGAAGUUGAAGGAACUUUCUCGGCAGCCUGACAUAUAUGAAAGAUUAACAAGAUCUUUGGCACCAAAUAUAUGGGAGUUGGAAGAUGUCAAGAAGGGUCUUCUUUGCCAGCUUUUUGGUGGGAGUGCCUUAAAGUUGCCAACUGGGGCAAGCUUCCGUGGCGACAUCAAUAUCCUUCUUGUUGGUGACCCCGGUACCAGCAAAUCCCAGCUGCUUCAAUACAUUCACAAGCUGUCUCCACGUGGUAUCUAUACUAGUGGUCGAGGAAGCUCUGCUGUUGGACUGACGGCUUACGUUGCCAAAGAUCCCGAGACCGGUGAAACUGUGCUGGAAAGUGGAGCCCUGGUUCUGAGUGAUAGAGGAAUAUGCUGUAUUGAUGAGUUUGAUAAAAUGUCUGAUAAUGCAAGGAGCAUGUUGCAUGAGGUGAUGGAACAACAAACUGUUUCAAUAGCAAAGGCAGGAAUUAUUGCUUCACUUAAUGCUAGAACUUCAGUUUUGGCUUGUGCAAAUCCAAUUGGUUCACGUUACAAUCCGCGUCUAUCCGUGAUAGAUAAUAUACAUCUUCCUCCCACGCUGUUGUCUAGGUUUGAUUUGAUCUACUUAAUUCUUGAUAAGGCUGAUGAACAGACAGACAGGCGUCUUGCAAAGCACAUUGUUGCACUGCAUUUUGAAAAUCCAGAGACUUCUGUACCGGAUAUCAUUGACCUUCCAACCUUAACUGCUUAUAUGAGCUAUGCACGAAACAAUAUACAUCCGCAACUGUCUGAUGAGGCUGCCGAUGAGUUGACCAGAGGAUAUGUGGAAAUGAGAAGAAGAGGAAAUUUCCCAGGCAGUAGCAAGAAGGUGAUAACUGCAACACCAAGACAACUCGAGAGCUUGAUACGCCUGAGUGAAGCUCUAGCGCGGAUUCGUUUCUCUGAGUGGGUCGAAAAGCAGGAUGUGACCGAGGCUUUCAGGCUUCUCCAAGUUGCGUUGCAGCAGUCUGCAACAGAUCAUGCUACAGGAACCAUUGACAUGGAUCUAAUCACAACUGGGGUUUCUGCAAGCGAACGGAUGCGAAGAGAAAAUUUGGUAUCAAGCACCCGCAACAUAAUUAUGGAAAAGAUGCAAAUUGGCGGAUCUUCAACACGCCUGAUGGAGUUACUCGAAGAGUUGAAGAAACAAAAUUCUGGAACAGAAGUUCAUCUCAGUGAUCUACGUCAUGCUCUAGCCACUCUUGCGACUGAAGGUUUCGUCGUAGUCCAUGGAGAUAAUGUGAAGAGAAUAUGA